GCUGAACUGAGCGGAGGUGAAGAAGAGGAGGAUGAAGCUGGGAGCGGAGGAUGGGAGGAAGAGUGGAGUAAGAGACAGGCUAGCUGUAUGUGAAUAAGUGAGUGAAGAAGAGGAGAGGAAGGUCGCCAGAGAGAGAAAAUAAAAACUUCUAUUUUUGGAGAUAAUUGCCGGAGCGUCGCCAACGGAAACUUUCAACUUUUUACCCGCCACUGCUCUCUUGUUGUACCCAGAGCCGGCUUUGUUUCGCGGCGGGGGUGUUGACGAUAAAUGAAGGAAUAAAAUAGACUCCAAUCGACCUGUUUCUACCCAAGCGGGGAAUACCCUGGGACUGCUUCUGAUAAAGGUUACGAGAGAAUGGCGGCCAACAUGUACCGAGUGGGAGAUUAUGUGUACUUUGAGAACUCCUCCAGCAACCCUUACCUGAUCCGGAGAAUAGAAGAGCUCAAUAAGACAGCCAAUGGGAAUGUGGAGGCAAAAGUGGUGUGUCUGUUCAGGAGGCGAGACAUCUCGGGCAACCUCAACACUCUAGCUGACAGCAACGCAAGAGAGUUUGAGGAGGAGUCAAAGCAGCCACAACUGUCUGAACAGCAGAAACACCAGCUCAAACACAGAGAACUCUUCCUGUCUCGACAGUUUGAAUCUCUACCUGCCACUCACAUACGGGGAAAAUGUAACGUGACCCUUCUCAACGAAACAGAUGUCUUAGCCGGGUACCUGGAGAAAGAGGACUGUUUCUUCUACUCACUCGUAUUCGACCCUGUCCAGAAGACCCUGCUAGCAGAUCAAGGCGAGAUUCGGGUGGGCUCCAAAUACCAGGCAGAGAUUCCUGAUAAGCUAGCUGAGGGUGAAUCGGACACCCGGGUCCAAGAGAAGCUGGAGACCAAGGUGUGGGAUCCCAACAACCAGCUCAAAGAUCCUCAGAUCGACCAGUUCCUGGUGGUAGCGAGGGCUGUGGGUACGUUUGCUCGGGCCCUGGACUGCAGCAGCUCCAUCCGCCAGCCCAGCCUCCACAUGAGUGCAGCUGCAGCAUCCAGAGACAUCACACUGUUCCAUGCUAUGGACACACUGCAGAAGAACAACUAUGACCUGGCCAAAGCCAUGUCCACCUUGGUUCCUCAGGGAGGUCCGGUGCUCUGCCGCGAUGAGAUGGAGGAGUGGAGCGCCUCUGAGGCCAUGCUGUUUGAGGAGGCGCUGGAGAAAUACGGCAAAGACUUCAAUGACAUCCGCCAGGACUUUCUGCCCUGGAAAUCCCUAGCUAGUGUGGUCCAGUUCUACUACAUGUGGAAGACUACUGACCGUUACAUCCAGCAGAAACGACUGAAAGCAGCAGAAGCAGACAGCAAGCUGAAGCAGGUGUACAUCCCUACCUAUACCAAACCCAACCCCAACCAGAUCAUGGUGCCCAGCAGCAAGCCUGGGAUGAACGGAGCGGCGGGCUUUCAGAAAGGACUCAGCUGUGAGAGCUGCCACACGGCUCAGUCUCCUCAGUGGUACGCCUGGGGUCCCCCAAACAUGCAGUGCAGACUGUGCGCCUCCUGUUGGAUUUACUGGAAGAAGUACGGAGGUCUGAAGACUCCCACACAGCUUGAAGGUGCUGCUAGAGCUGGCUCUGAGUCAGGCCCUCGUGGUCACAUGACACGCCAGGAGGUACAGGGAAUGUCACCGUUCACCCGCAACGAGGGUCGAGCCAAGCUGCUGGCCAAGAACCGCCAGACGUUCAUCCUGCAGACCACCAAGCUCACCCGCAUUGCUCGGCGGGUGUGCGAAGACAUUCUGCAGCCUCGACGUGCUGCUCGACGUCCCUACGCCUCCAUCAACGCCAAUGCUGUCAAGGCUGAGUGUAUGAUCAGGCUGCCCAAAGCCACAAAAACUCCUCUGAAGAGCAAGCUGGUGCCUCGACAGUCACUAGCCACCAUAGUGAAGGAUUUGGCCAUCUCUGCUCCUCUGAAACUGAAGGCAACCAGAGGACCCCCGACACCCAUCAACAGGAACCAGGCCAACCAGCCUCGAGUGGGCCAGAGCCUGCUGGGCAAGAGAAGCUUUGAAAGCGCUGCAGGAGUGCCAUACCCAGCCAAUGGGAGGCCAUAUACUUCAGGUAUGAGAACCACCUCUCAGUCUGUCAUCAAGCGGCAGAAAGUGAGCCAGGGAGAAGCUCCCAACCCUGUGGUGUUUGUUGCCACAAAGGACACCAGGGCUUUGAGGAAACAUCUCACCCAGUCUGAGAUGCGCCGGGCAGCAAGGAAACCUCACCUCCUGGUCCGGAUCAAACUGCCACCGCCGCCACGCUCCCUAGCCAUGCCCCUCCUCCCCUCCAACACCAGCGAGCCCAUCGUCCUGGAGGACUGAAAAUGAGGGCUGAGGGUGGUCUUUUAACAGGACAUGGGGGUGGGGUGGGCAGUGGGAGGGGCUGUGUUUAAGCCAUCACUUAUAGGCAGCACAGUACAGCAUACAGUAGUCUUUUCUUUUUUUUUUCCUCCCCCAUUUUCAGUGUCAUGUUUCUUUAGUCCUCUUUUACUUCCCAUAAGUUAAUGUGUUUCUCUCUCUCUCUGUCUCACACACACACACACACACACACCUAUUCAGUAAGCACACAUUAAACCCUCAGGGCUCCAGUAUACACGCUGAAUUGGUCGCCAACGGUAACCCUGCCUUGGCUCCGUACCAUUUAUACCAGAACUUAGAGUGCAGUAUUCUCCUGAGUGGUAGGCGUCGCCACUAUCGGAGGAGGAGAACUCAAAACCAGAAGCAGAUCAUUUUUUAAAGUGUUUCCAGUCUCAUCUGUGCACUCGGAGGCUCUGUGCUGCUGUGCACUGGUCAUUAAAAUAGUGUUAAAAUCCAACACACAGCAGCAAUGGCACAAAUGCCGAGAGGCACAACUGGCUGAAGUGACAGCAGAGCAGCAUCUCGUACCAGCAGAUGUCACAUCAGUUUGUUGUAGAGCAGUAGCCAGCGUGAUGGAGCCCUCACACUCACACUUGCCCUGCUUUUAAAUGUGUCAUUUAAAUUCAUAUAUUUUUCUUCCUGAAGCAAUGGUGAUAAAGCAGACAUUGUUUGACUUUCCCGUCUCUUAUCUUUGUGUAAAUAUAUGCAUCACUGAAGGGGCGACACCCUUACAGGACUGUAGGACAGCUUGAGCAGGCCCAGGGUUUGCCUCGGUUUCAGGAUUCCUCUCGAGCCUCCUUUCCUCCAUCCUAGCAGAGCAGAAUCAUCGGGUGGGCUGUGGUGAUGGAGGGAAAUGUGGUGUUAGUCUGCUGCGUGUUGUAACUCUUUCCGUGGCUGCAGUCUGUCAUUCAGGCCCGGAAACGUUCAACACAUUUGACUUUACGUUCAGCUCUCUCAUUUUAGAAACAAACCUCAGAGAUGCAGGUGUGCACACCUGUCCACCCACUGAAACAGUGUGUAAGUGUCACAGGGUCUGACCUAGACUUCACAAAGAAGCAGAAUCGGAGCCUCAUACAAACCUGUUUCAUUCUUCUGGAGCUCCAUCCAUUAUUGAACCCUCAGUAUCAAAAUAAGAGUUUGAGCUGAUUGAAAGUCCUAACUGAAAACACUGAAGACUUUGUCUGCAGUUGUUUUUGGUUUAGUUUGUUCCCCCACUCAGUCCGUCUCUGCACAGAGGAAAUGGUAAAUCACUACUCUGGGCAGCAGCCAAUCAGGUUUCUUUGAAAUAGGGUUUUACUCCAACAGCCACUCUGUGCUUUGCUUACUGUAAAUUGUUAGUACAUACAGUAGGAGAGGUGCAUGAUACGUGUGUGCUGACAGCCGACAACAGAGGCUGCUUACUCACAACUGAGUUAUCAUGAAUUUGGCUUUGAGAUCAUGUGUGGGAUUUCUGCAGAAGUCCAAAAUGAAGCCAUAAUGUGCAGGAGAACAGGCAGCGAGACAGUCUGAAGGAACACAACAGUGUUCCUGAUGUUAGUGGUCAGUUCAUAAAUGUGUGUUGAAUCAAGCAGAAACUGUAUGCAAAAACACUGGGGCUCUAGGAUUGGAGUCAAAUGGGAAACACACCUUGCAGACCUUUGACCCUUUUGUCUUCAUGCAGCCUUAAUCCUGUUCUGUACAUGUGCUGAUGUUUUGGUUCUGACUGGAUGUGAGGACUGUGCGGAGGAAUCUUCUGCUGUUUGUGGUUUUUCUUUUCUUUAUUUUCCUCCCUCUCUUUGUACCUUUAUCGGAGGGAGAGUGCUGAAACCGAGCUGUUGGAUCCUUACGAUUCCUUUGAGUCCUCGGCAGUGAUGACUUUUUUUAAGCAGAUUUGGUCCCGAUGUGAGCUUUGUAAUAUUUCCUCUCAAAAAAGAAAUUGAAUUGUCAAGUUUGUAGCAAAUGCUAAUGUGUGUAAAGAAAACUGCAGAAGUGGAAUAUUGAAAACUUUUAGUUUUGGUUUGUUUGUUUUUAAUUUUGUACAUCUGAGGUGUGUAACUCUGUUAAUGAGGAGACUGCUCUAACAGGCUACUGUACGUGUGAAGCAUCUCUCCUUCAUCGGGUGGGUGGACUGCUUCUUUUAACCAGGACUGACCUUCAAAAGGGACAGGGUGUGGAUUUUUUUUUAAUGAUGGAGAGACAAACAUGCCACAAGUGAAACUUUUUCUCAAGUGUUUUUUAUUCCGAUGUCUCUGUAUCCUUUAAUGUAUCUUGAUAAGAAAAAAAAUAAAGAUUUUUUUUUUCUU